AUCCGUGGUAGCUAUCGGUUAUCAGGCGAGGCUCGGAGGCGCGCGCGCAGCGUCGAACAGUUGAUGUCCGCGCGUCGAAAGGAAGACACAUCCGCUAGCCGCCUAGCGCCCCUGUGACUUGUGAUCGAUAUACGUCGAGUGGUGAUUACUGACCUAACAUUAUCGUGAAAGCCGGUGAUUUUAAUUAAAAGGGGAGCAGUGACGAAUGUGAAGGUAGACAACCAGUAACAAACAAACAUGAGAUUCUCCGCGAGGUUACAGUUCCUAACAUGCCUGAUGCUGUACGCAUCAAGCGCACAAGCCAUCAUGGUGAAGUUCGGCACCAAGGACGGUCCCAUCGAGCCGCCGGCGCCGGAACCGUCGCCACCGGUCCCGUUGCCGUACCGGAAUCCAGCGCCCGUCUGGGAAGAACGCACUAAUGAUACACCUGACCCUAACGCUCAAUGGCGACUUCCCAUGUUCGUACCUCAGCAAAGAUACACCAACGUGAUCUACAGUUCUCCCCCAUCUACUCCAGUGCCACUGAACAACGCGCAACGCUUCGUCAAUUCUUACCUGCCAGUCCAACCCCUCCAACCCGUACCCAAUGGCAAGCCGGCCAUUCUUGGCUCCCAGAGCUUGCCUGGCAUUGGUCUGCGAUACUUCUUCCCUGCUUUCACGAAUGAGCAGAAGGUUGUCAAGCAGGACGAUGCCAAGCUCAAUCAUUUGGAGGGUAAUGUUUUGGGAGUGGCAAACCUGGACUCUGCCAGUGACUUCCAAUGGAAAUACGAGAAGGAAGCCACGAGACGGAACAUCAGAAAUUCUCGGGAAGGCACGGUUCGAGGGCCAGUAUAUCAGUGGCCGGCGUACGUCCCCCCACAGCAUCGCUAACGUUACUUAGUUCUUAAGGCAUGUCUUGCAUGUCGACCUAUGAACGACGAAGUAACUGUGAUGUAUUAAUUAGUAUUACUAUAAGACAAAAGUGCCAGAUGAUAUAAUAUCUAUGUUUAUAUUAUACUAAAACCUUUGGAACUGUUCUGCAGUAACAGGCUUUUUGAUGUGAUAGAAGAUUCGAUAUUUAUUGAACAGUUAAUUAGGACCCGGAUUCUUAUGUAUAUGGGAUUAAAGUUCAUUUUUGAUUCGUUUAUUAAGAUAUUCUGUCAUAUUAUUGUAUUUUAUUUCGAUUCAUAUAUUUUUUUCUCGUUUGCUGUGAACAUAGUUUUGUUUUGAUGAAUCGUCAGUAUUUUAACUGUGAACUUUUCUUUCUUUUUUUGCUAUGAAAAUGUACAAUUUAUGAGAUUUAUAAAUAGACUUUGUAAACAUGUUUUUUGUUUCGAUAAAUGCAACGAAUAUUAAAAAUAAUAAGUUUAAUUAAAUAAUGUCAUGUCAAUGUCAUUAAAUGUUACAUCAUCGUCGAAAAGUCGUAAUAAACGAUAAAUACACGAGUAUUUAGAAGCCCUAGUAAAGUUGUGACAAAGUACUCGGAGAUAUUAUCACAAUUAAUAUGGAGAAAAAGACACCACACUCCAUAAAAAUUAUGACGUAUCUCUACGAGUAUUUUUCGAUACUAUUUGGGCCCCAUAUCAGUUCCUGUAAACAAAACACAACAUGACAAUAAAACGUCAUCAAGCCAUUUGUAAAUAAGUUAAAAAAAAUAUAUAUCCAUACAACUUAGACAAUAAUAUUGCCAUUAUAUAAUUGUACGCGCUGACAUAUUUUACGUUAUUUUACACUAAAGUAUUUUGUCAUCUAACGACUGCUCCAGUCGUGAAUAAAUACAAAAAUAGUUUUUAAAAAUGCCAACGUAAUCGUAACUUCAGAGAGUGUGACGGAAGUUCUUUGUUCAUAGGAAUUAAUGUCUAUAGCUAUAAUUUAAAAACGUAAUUGUUCUUUCCCUUAACAUUUCCUAAGAUCCAUUUAAUGAGAUCUAUUACAGUUUGUGCAUUAUUGUUAUACAUUUAAAACUAUUAUGUAAAAUGAAAGUAGCUUUCGUUUCGUUUUGUUAUUACUUUUAAGAUAGGUAACUGUAUUGUUUUUGGAUAUAUAUCUUAGCUGUAAUUAUGCUUGUAAAUAUGUAAAAUAAAUAAAAUAUAAAAUUUUAA